AUGAAAGGACAGAAAACUAGCACCACCUGCAAAUAAAAUAAACAGAAUAAUUAUUUGAAAAAAUAGUAUCAAAAAAAUCAAGAUAUAGAACAGAGUAUUAUUUUGAAGAUAAGAAAUGGAAAUGCUAAAAAUGUAAUGACUUUGGAUGACGUAAUUAAAAAAAAUAUAAGAAAGAAUUAUAAAAAUAAAGAUGCUAAUAAAAAUGAUCAAAAACCUUAGAAAGCAAAUAUAUUUUAAUCUAAACUUUAGAAUUAUGGAAUUCUAAGACCUGCAAUCUUAACAGGAUAUUUAAGAAUUAAAAAAUUGGUAGGUUAAAUAUAAGUUCAUUAAGAUUAUGUUGCACACUUGAGUAGUGCAAAAUAAAUAAUAUUAAGAACUCAUUGUAACUUUUCAUCAUAAUCUAUAGCAACUAUAAUUUCAUUAAUUUUAUUGGCUAAGUAGCUUGGGUAAUAAACUUAUCACUUACUUUGUUGCCUUAAUUUUCAGUCUCAAGCCAAAUAUACUUUAGAAAGAAGCUUGAAUUCAAAAUAAUUAAUUACCAAUCUAAGCUCAAAUUACAGAUUAGUCUAUAUUUAUAAACGCAUUAUCAACGAAUACAUUGUCUUUCAAUUUUCUCCAUCAGAAUAUAACAAAUUAAGAGAAGAAUAAGAAAUGUUUAUUACUAAUUAAAUGAUAUAUAUAUAGAUAUCGACUAUUAAAAACUCAACCUUAUAUAAUAAUUUCUUUAAGAAUUUAGUCAUUGAAUAGUAUAAAUUUCCAAUAGUCUUAUCAUCAAAUGUGCUUAAAAAUUAUGUUUCAAGUAAUUUAUAUUAUUUGAUUAUAAAUUUUUUUUCAGAUCAAAUAACUUUUUAAGUUAAUCGAAACUCUUUCGAUAAGAUUUAGAUAAGGUAAGUAAAGUGAUAAGAAUAAAAANUGAAGUUAGGGCCUGAUGGAGUUAGAUAUGAUGGAUAAUGGAAAGAUAAUAAAGCUUGUGGUUAAGGAAAAUUUUGGCAUGUGGAUGGUGAGAUUUAUGAAGGGGAAUGGAAAGAAGAUUAGAAAAAUGGCUUUGGUGUUUAUUUAAAUGUGAAUGGAGCUAUAUAUAAAGGAUUAUGGAAAGACGAUUUAUAAGAUGGAAAUGGAGUUGAAACUUGGGCUAAUGGCUCUAAGUAUGAAGGUAGUUUUAAAGAAGGGAAAAAACAUGGGUUUGGUAGAUUGACAUGGAAUGAUGGAUCAUCAUACGAGGGUAAUUGGAUUGAUGGAAAAAAGAGUGGAAGUGGAAUUUAUUGUUGGGCAGAUGGCAAAGUAUCAAAUUAUUUAAUUAUAAGAAAUAUGAUGGUGAAUGGUUAAAUAAUUAAAUGCAUGGUAGAGGACUUUCCACUUGGGGAGAUGGAGCAAGAUAUGAAGGGGAAUAUUAAUAUGAUAAGAAACAUGGUCAAGGAGUAUAUAUAUGGGCAGAUGGAAGAAGUAAUUAAAUAUUAUAAAUCUAAGAAUAUGAUGGAUAAUGGGCUUAUGGAAAAUAAAGUGGGUAAGGAAAGUGUCAUCUUCUUGAUGGAACCGUUCGUCUGGGUUUAUGGGAAGAUGGAGAAGGGUUUAGAUGGCUGGAAGAUGAUGCACCAUUAAGUAAAAGUAAUUAAUAACGUUACUGA